UGGGCAAAAAAUAAUAAUUGAAUAAUAUACUCUGGGACAGUAACCAAGUAUUUGUACUUAAUUGUUUCCCACCACAGUUAUUUUGAGGGGGUGACUGAAUCCUACGGAGGCGGAACUGUGACCGCUAAGCAAGGGGGGGUGGGAUAGGUUGGACCAGACAAGCAGCAAAUAUGGAUCGCGAGGGAAGAAAGGGGCGGGCUGGCGUGUUAUAAAAGACAGAGCAGGAGCGGAGGGGUCUGCGUGAUUUCAGCAGACAAGAAACACGGGCAGGAGCGUUAGAGCCGGUCCAGGCUGAGCCGUGUUGACCUUCAGUCUGCUGGACUUUCAAGACAAGCGGCUCGUUCGCCCGCUGGCUUUUUCCCGUCCCGAGGAAGUCCGACUCCGAAGUUUGCUCCCGUACCCGCGAGUCACCGAUGGCCGCCGUGCGUCCGAUGCUGACCGAGGCGUCCGGCUUCCACGUCCUCCCGGCCCACGUGAUGGCCUCGGCCAUGGAGGAGUUCCCGCAGCAGCUGCCCGUCCCCAAGGGCCCGUCCAGGGGCAAGAGCCGCUCCCGGCGGCCCCGCGAGGCCCGCUUCAAAACCCAGCCGGUCACCUUCGCCGAGAUCGCCGAGGUGGUGGAGGAGGAGGGCUCGUCGCCCCUGGAGGAGGAGAGGGCCCGCCGCUCCUUCCUGCAGUCCCUGGAGAACCUGAGGAGGAGCACCCAGACCCUGCACAGCUCGCCGGCCCCCCGCCAUCAGCGCCCCCCGUCGCAGGCCGGCACGGACUCCAGCGACUCGGACUCCGCCCAGUGAACGGGUCCGUGAGCCUUGCGGUUCCUCUUGAUGGAGCUCGGUUGAAGUGAACCAAAAAACCGCGGCGGAGUCCCUUCUCAGCGUCCGCUAACACGUCGACGUGCGGCGACGUACGAGCGGGUGGAACUGUUUUCAACGUGUCCCUAAAACUUUCUUUGUAUUUUGUACAACAGCGUCAAACGGGGUUCAUUUGACCUCACGUUAGCGGUUCUCAAAGUCCGGUGCGCGAGCUCCCUCUAGUGGUAGGUUAAAGAAUCACUUAAUUCAAUCUUCAAAGUGCGUAAUAGUUACGGCGGAUGAAACCUUUCUUUUUUAGUCCUGUACAAUACAUAUUUUAAGUACACUUCAGUUUAAUUAUGUAUCUAAAGUGCAAUAUAUUUACAUUUUACUUUUUGGAACUGUUUAUUUAAAAAACAUUUUAGGUAAAAAUUGUAUUAAUUGAACUGUUAGCAAGUUGUUUUUUUCUCCCACAUUCUCAGUGUUACAUUAUUCAUGCUGUCGUGUACAAAGAAAUCAAAAUGGCAUACUUUGAAGAAAGACCGAAUGAACUAUGUAUGUUUUUUUUCAAAUGUUUUUUUUUUUUUUGUAUAUAUUUUUGUAUUUCUAGAACGAACAAAAAAAUCCAACGCUAGUAGCAAUACUACUAAUAUUGUAAAUGGCACGACGAAGCGAAGCAGUGGGCUGGCCGUCACUGGAGCUUUCGGAGGAGUUCGCGCACUCGUGAGCGAACGGAAAUGUACGAAGAAAAGAUUCUUUCUUUUAAAAAAUGUAAAGUUUAUUUAUUCUCUUCAUUUGCUCAUAACCAAAUUUGGGACUUUGCCGCGCUUCUGUGACUCGUGAGGUCGCCUCGACUUCCAAAGAAGACUGUAACCUUUCCACUGUGCUUUCUAUUGAAUGUACUUUACAUGAAAUACCAUGUUUGUCAUAAGUAUUUUAAUAAAUAUUUUCAAGUAUU